GCCUGCGCUCUAAACAUUUGGUAAUAUCCAAGUCCACCCUUGGAAGCCAUGGCCAACCGUAGCGUCUACGCAAAGCUUAUGCAUAGCCACCCCUAUUUCUUUCGACGUCUAAGCUCCGCCUCUUUUUCCUCCAUCGCCGCCUCCCCUUCCCCGCUCAAUUUCAAAGAAAAAACCGAGCCCACCACCAUCGCCGACAAAUCCAUCGUUAAUUUAGAUGAUUUUAAGGGGCUGUUUUCAUCUGUUCCAACCUCGAAGUUGAUAAAAUCAUCGAUCAAUCUUCACUUGACGGCAAUUGAACCCGUGGUUGAUAUGGGCAUGUGGGUUGUGAAUUCGAGGCUCAUGGAAACACCGUUAUUGAGAGAGAUAAUAUUGGGAGUCAUUAAAAGUACGGUUUAUGAACAUUUUUGUGCGGGUAAGGAUUUGAAAGAGGUGGGUACUUCUGUGAAUAAGCUUUACGAUCAUGGACUUAAAGCUAUGUUGGAUUAUGGCUUGGAACAUGUGAAUGAUAACGAGUCAUGUGAUCGGAAUUUCAAUGAGUUUAUGCAAACUAUUGAAUCAACAAAGUUUCUUCCACCUUCUUCUGUUAGCUUCGUUGUAGUGAAGAUCACAGCAAUAUGUCCUCUUAGUUUGCUUAGAAGAGUAAGUGAUCUACUGAGAUGGCAAUACAAGGAUAAAUCCCUUCAUCUUCCAUGGAAGCUUAAAACCUUUCCAAUUUUAUCAGAUUGCAGCCCUUUUUACCACUCCCCAAAUAGGCCAGAGCCCUUGACCCAAGAAGAAGAAAACAAUCUCCAUUUAUCUCACCAAAGAUUAACAAAACUUUGCGAGAAAUGUGUCGAAACGAAUGUUUCCCUGUUAAUUGAUGCAGAGGAUACGUCGCUUCAACCUGCAAUUGACUACUUUGGGUACACGGCAUCAAUCAUGUAUCACAAAGAUGAUGAGCCUAUAGUAUUUGGGACAAUUCAGGCUUACUUGAAAGAUGCAAAGGAGAGAUUGGUUAAUGCAAAGAAAGCUGCAGAUAAAAUGGGAGUGCCAGUUGGGUUUAAAUUGGUGAGGGGUGCAUAUAUGUCAAGUGAAAGACAAUUGGCUUCUUCUUUGGGUGUCAAGUCCCCAAUUCAAGAUAGUAUUCAAGAAACACAUCGGUGUUACAAUGAUUGUGCAGCUUUUAUGCUUCAUGAAAUUGCCAAUGGCUCGGGGUCAAUUAUUCUUGCAACCCAUAAUGUGGAAUCAGGAAAACUAGCGGCUUCGAAAGCGAUUGAUCUGGGAAUUGCAAAGGACAAUCAGAAUCUGCAAUUUGCACAACUAUAUGGAAUGUCAGAAGCCCUUUCUCUGGGUUUAGUUAAUGCAGGUUUUAGAGUUAGCAAGUACUUGCCAUUUGGACCUGUUGACCAAAUUAUACCUUAUCUUCUAAGGAGAGCUGAAGAAAAUAGAGGCCUAUUAUCAGCUUCAUCACUUGACAGACAUCUCAUGAAGAAGGAAUUAAUGAGGAGAUUAACAUCAUCGAUUACAUGACAUUUUCGGAAAGCUGGAUUUUGUUUGAGCAACAAUCGAAUUUCAUCAUAUUAUAGUACUCAUAUAGGAGGAGGAAAGAAUCGACCUAGCUUAUGAUCAAUAUAAUUGUACAAAGGUUGAAACGAAAAGAAAAAUCUGUCAAAUGCUAUUAAGAUUCUUGUACCUAUCAAAUGAAGCAUUGUAUAUCGGUGUACAAGACUUUUCCGUAUUCGAGAAGACCCUAUCGAGUUUACAGA